CCCGCGCGUCGCGGACAUGGCCCCCGCCGCCGCCGGCCCCGCGCAGGUCGUUCGCGCGGCGCAGAAAGACGACUACUACCGCGGCGGGCUCCGGGGCGCGGCGGGCGGCGCCCUGCACAGCUUGGCGGGUGCGAAGAGGUGGCUGGAGUGCAGGAGGGAGGUGGAGCUGCUGUCCGACGUCGCCUACUUUGGCCUCACCACGUUUGCAGGCUACCAGACCCUCGGGGAGGAGUAUGUUGGCGUCAUCCAGGUGGACCGGUCCCGGAGCAGAGUGCCCUCCAGGCUGCGCCGUGGCCUGCUGGUGGUGCUGCACACCGUCCUGCCCUACCUGCUGGACAAGGCCCUGCUGCACCUGGAGCUCGAGCUGCAGGCGGAGGCCGACAGCCCCAGGCCCUCGCAGGGCAGCCUGGCUCUGGGCGGGCGUGGCCGGUCGGGAGCCGGGCACUGGGUGCGCCGGCACACGGCCACCCUGGCGGAGCCGCAGAAGAGGAUGCUCCUGCGCGCGGUGGUGGUGCUCAGGCAGGGCCUUGGCUGCCUCCAGCGGCUCCACGUGGCCUGGUUCUACAUCCACGGGGCCUUCUACCACCUGGCCAAGAGGCUCACAGGAGUCACUUACCUUCGCGUGCGCUCUCCGGCUACAGAGGACCCGAGGGCUCGAGAAAGCUACAGGCUGCUAGGACUCCUCUCCCUGCUGCACUUGGCCCUGUCCGUGGGCCUGCAGCUGUAUGGCUUCCGGCAGAGGCAGCGUGCCCGGCGGGAGUGGAAGCUGCACCGUGGCCUGUCUCUCCGCAGGAGCCACGCGGACGAGAAAGCCGUUUCCAGAAACUCCACGUGUACACUGUGCCUGGAGGAGCGCAAACACCCCACAGCCACACCCUGCGGCCACCUCUUCUGCUGGGAGUGCAUCACCCAGUGGUGCCACGCCAAGGCGGAGUGCCCCCUCUGCAGGGAGAAGUUCCCCCCUCAGAAGCUCGUCUACCUGCGGCACUACCGCUAGCCCAGCGGAGGGCAGAGGCACCGGGGAAUCAGCAUCAGGAGAGAAACCCCGUCAACUCUCAAGGUCACUUUUACUUGCACAGGAAUCUCCUAACUCUGAUUUUCUUUCAUGUCACGUGAGAAACUACACGAGCAGCAAGGGGACAGAAGCUGGACCUGCCUGCAGGGUGGCAGGUCUGCGGUCCCUGUGCCGAGUGUGGGCUGGCACAUCGCCGCUCCGUCGCCCCGAGCCCGCGGUGCAGGUGGCGAGCAGCCGCUGGGGCAGAGCCCGCCAGGGGGUCCGCUCCCCCGCCCCCACCCCCACGGUACAUCUGGGUCACUUCUUCAGGAGCUGGAUUGUUGGACAAGGUUGUUUCCAUCCCGUCCCCAAACCACACAGUGGAACGUUAGUCCCAGAAGUGGGACCAGCCGUUCAUGUGAUGAGAAGAGGAGUCUGUAUCGGGCGCACAGCGGACGGUUGGGGUUUGGCCCAAAGGGGCAGUUGUGGGAACAGCAGACAACGGGGCUUACCCACUGGUCAGUCCUCCAGCCCCGCUGACCUGGAAACCUUGCCCUCGUCGGCAGGGGCAGGCCGCUUGGUGGCUCGGGCACGUCCGCUCACAGGCGCGGAAAGACCCCAGGAGUCAGGUGUCCACCUGCAGCACCUGGCUCGUGCCUUUUCAUACACGGUCAGGUUUGUCUGCCGUUCUGGAGGACGGAAGUCCGCAUCUCGGCCGAGAUCUGCCUGCCCAGGGCUCGGGGUGCACAGCCAGCCUGCAAGGGAGGUUCUCCACCUUCUUCACGCCUAGCCCACAGCUGCCUCUCAGAGCUGAGCUCUCCCUGAGCCUGGGCAGGCUGGCUGUUCACGCCAGGUCACCGCCAUGUCCAGCCUACUUCCUGCCACCGUUUUGUGAUCUUCAGGUCUUUUAAAGUAUUUAACUUGUGCCAGAGACUGUACUUUGCCAUGAGCUUCCGUAAGAAACGAGUUCCACAGAAGCGUGGGUCUGCUAAGAAUGUCAUGAGGGUGAACGGAAGGUCCCAUUUCGUAAAGGACGAGAACCUGCGGUCAGGAUGUCCCAUGCCCUGUGCGAGGCUGUGGCCCAGGCUUCCAGCAGAGGCCUGUGCAGACCACUCCAGGAUCUGAGUGGACACGGGCACCCAGGGAUGCAUCGCUCCACACUCCUCGGCUACUGCAGGCUGGCCACCUGAGACAGGCCCCCGUGACCACAGGCCAGACUGAGUAGGGGCCUCAGGAGGGAGGCUCCACACUUCCUGAGGGCCUUCACGGACGCCUGACCAAGCGCAGACAAUUUCCUAUCACUUAGGCCUGAGCAUGUAGCAGGAAAACGGUAUGAAAAACAAGCGUCCAGCGUCCCAACAUUCAGGUACCACGGUGUUGUAUCAAAGGCACCGGUUCAGGACAUCAUUUAAAUGCCAAGAUUAAAAUACGCGAUCAGGUACGUAAAAGGUUUUCAUAUGGCCUCCUAGAAGCGAGGGGAGCUCGAUCUCAGGUAAAAAUUGGCCCCAAAAAACCAGACAGUAACGCAUUCAGUGCCUACAACCCCGAGACGGACGGGAAACCGGGCAGAGCUCCGAGUCCGCAGCGCCUGGGACCAGGAGGCGGCCCACGGCCUGCCCCUCGCCGCUGGGCCCCAGGGACUGGCCCAGCGCAGCGCCUGCUCACGGGCGGCAAGCUGUUGUGUUUCAGAUAAAGACUCCACAAGAAAGGGGACACUGUCUUUAAUAAAGUUGGAAUUAAAAAGUCACUUAGUAAAA